AUGGGAAAUGCAAUUGUCAUCCCACAAAAUGAUGAUAAAGACGAGCAAGAGGAAUUGUCAAAGGGGAAAACAGCCCUAUACGCUUUCUGUGCCAAGGCAGACCAUAACACGCCAGAUGUCGUGGAAUGUGUCAAGCUUCUGUUGGAUGCCGGCGCUGAUGUCAAUUUGAAGGCCCCUGAUGGAUCAACUGUCUUGUACAUUGCCUGUAGAGGAAAUGGAAAGCUGGUCAAAUUUUUACUUGAGGCCGGCGCAGAUCCCACCAUCGAAGAUAAUUCGGGGCGCACAAUACUUCACACGUGUGGAGAGAAUGAUGAAGAGACUCUACCGCUCCUUUUAGCGGGAGGACUCGUUGACAUCAACAAAGCAAGUGAUUUGGAUGGAAGAACACCCUUACAUUGUCGUUCCGAACAUAACAAUAGCACACCAAUGCUGCCUUUUCUUCAAUUCAAGCCGGAUCUGGAUGCUGUGGAUUCUGAGGGCAAUACAGCGCUUCAUUAUUGUGUGCGAUCCCCCCUUAUUGUGAACACCAGUACACAUAUCGAUGAUCUCUUAGCCGACGGUGCAAAUCCCAAUAUCAAAAAUCGGCAGGGCGACACACCCUUGCACAAGAUUCAUAGCUCCAAUGAGUUCGUUUUGAAACUUCUACUAGCUGGUGCAGACAUUGAGGCUCGAAACAGCAAAGGCCAAACUCCUCUUUUUGCAUAUGCCGGCGAAUCUAAAAUGGCAUCCAAUGCUUCGGUUUUCCAAUGUCUGAUUGAUUCGGGCGCUCACCCAAGGGCCACAGACUAUCAGAAUAAUUCGCUUCUGUUUGAGGCCCUCAUCAAUCGUUCCAACAGCAUUGAUCUUAGUUUCAAGCCCGUUGAUUUUAUGAAACGUCUGAUAUACCUUGGAUUGGAUAUCGAUCAGCCAAACAAUUCCGGGAGAACUGUGUUGCACGAGUUUAUCUCCAGGACAGGUGGCAAUUCUCUCCCAUGCCCUCAGCCUCAGGUAUUGGAUUUUAUCCUUGAGGCCUGCAGCAACCAAAGCCCUAGCGAUUGCGAUGGAAUUCAGCCUUUGCAUAUUGCCGCAAGAACAUCCCCUGGAUACUUCUUCAAGCUCAUUGGGGCAAGUGCCGAUCUCUUCGGAAUCACUUACCAAGGCAUGUCGGUACUUCAUGUUGCCGCAGAAGCACGGCAAGCCGAUAUUGUCUGUCUGAUUGUGUCAAAAUUACACAGCGUGGCAGACAACAGAAAGAAUGGUUUUAUCGACAAGCAAGACAGAUCGGGAAUGUCUGCUCUUCAUUACGCUUGUCAAUCUGGCCGCCCUGAAACCGUCAAAAUACUCCUUGAGGCUGGCGCAAAUCCCAACUUGAAAGAUCGUCAGGAUUACUCCCCGUUCAGCGUUGCAGCGCAAUUUGAAAGAGAGCUUAUGAUGAAGAGGGAUGAUUCCACUUCCCCGCAGGAUUCCCCUAUUGAUUUAAUGAAUAUUCGGCUUGGGCGAGAGAUGCGCCAGAACGAGAUACGCCGAAUGUGUGGUAUUAUGAUGGUCCCACAUAUCUCGCACGACAAAUGCUUCAGUAUUCUAACAGAAGACAACACAACUAGACUUGAAGAAAUUCUGGAGCUGUUGUUCGCAUUUGGCGCACGUGUGACAGGAAAGAAAGGCUGUCUUCGCAAGGCCUUUGAUUACGCUGUGUUAUACGGGCUUGACUAUACGGUUGACUGUCUGAUGCGUUUUCAGGUCCUAUUUACGGAUCAAAGCGGCGCUGGAGAGCAUUCUGAAUAUGAUGAUUACCUCAUUUGCAAUUAUCGGUUCGAAGCGACGAAGAAAGCACUGAAGUGUGGCCGGAUCUAUCACAAUCCAGAAAAUGAGAAGCAAGCGCGACAUGGAAAUGUGGUUUAUUACUCGAACUUUUCAGAAAAGCUACUCUUCAUGCGGCAGUAUGAUAUUUUUAAAGAGAGACUAUCAACAAGCACAGUAUCGGGGAUCGUCGUGCCAGCCACGGUCAAUCCGACACAUAUCAAUUAUAAGGGGGAAUCGGCCCUCCACCUCCUAUGGUUUGAUGAUAAUGAGUGGUGUGCUCUCGCCGAGAAAGAGGCAACAGUUGUCGAUUACCCGAUGAUUAAGCCAUUGUUAAUGACUGCCUGUGAUCGUCUGUUUCCAAACAUGGAUGUGGUCACAUACUUGGUCGAGGAGAUGAAAGUCAACAUUAAUGUGAAACAGCAAUCUCGGUCAACGCUCAAAGAUGACUCAUAUGACGUACUGUUUGGCGAAGGAGUACUUCAUAGCCUAGCCAAGGGAAGAAGCUGGUGGCAUGCUAACAAAGCCAUACCAUACCUUAUUGAACGAGGAGCGAACCUUGAGAUUCGCGACAAAAUUGGGAGAACGCCACUUCUCAUUGCUUUGACUGAGCCCGAUUUCUUUGAAACUGGUCCAUUUCAUAGACAAGCAGCCCAGGUUCUCAUUCAAUCUGGAGCGAAUGUCAAUGUUCGCGACCAGAAAGGCAACAACUGUCUAUCCAACGCAGGAAGUGACAGGGAAAUGAUCAAAUUGCUUAUUUCAUAUGGCGCCAAGAUUGAUAAAGAGGCCAUUGAAUCUGCCAUUUAG